AUGCCCCCGAGAGAAGUCGCAUCAGAAGAGAUUACGUCGGAAAGCAAUUUAACGCUAACAAUGAGGUUUCUCAAAAUAUACUGGAAAAUAGUGUUUGCCUUAUCAUGGGCAAUUAUUCUAGCAAUAUUUCUUCUUGCUUAUAAUGUUCCGGAAACUAGAUGCGCAUACAUUAUACUACUUAUGGCUGGAUAUUGGAUCACUGAAUGUUUCCCCAUGGCUGUUACAUCGUUGAUUCCAGUGGUGUUAUUUCCAGCAUUUGGAUUAUUAAGCACAUCGGAUACGUGCGCUUGUUAUAUGAACGAUACUAUAAUGGUUUUCAUAGGUGGUCUAAUUCUUGCUGUAGCCAUUGAACAUAGCAAUUUACAUUUACGAAUUGCUCUUGGAGUAAUGAAAAUAGUGGGAUGUAGUCAUGGGAAAUUACUUGGUGGCCUUUGUGUCGUGACCACUUUCAUAUCCAUGUGGGUUUCAAAUACAGCAGCGACCGCCAUGAUGGUACCGAUUAUAUUCGCAAUUCUAAAUGAAUUAGAACAGGCUGGACUUUGCCAUGUUUUUGAACCGACAACUGAUCCCAGAAAUCCAGAACAACAACCGGAACAGAUACCGACGAAGAUAACGAAAGCUUAUUUAAUGGCUGCAGCGUACUGUUCAUCCUUUGGAGGCACAGGAACAAUCGUAGGCACCGGCACUAAUCUUACUUUUAAAGGAAUUUUCGAAAAUACAUUUCCUAAUGCAGACGGUAUUAACUUCACGCAAUGGAUGAUUGCCGCAAUGCCACAAAUGAUAAUUAAUUCCUUUUUGACAUGGCUUUACCUUCGUAUAAUUUUUUUGGGUUAUCUUAGACCACAGAGUAAAGAUGCCCAGUUAGCAAAUAUUGGUACAGAAGGAGAAAUCAUUACAAAUCAAGUAAUACAGCAACGAUACAAAGAACUAGGUACCAUUACGUUUCAUGAAAUAGGAGUUGCAAGUCUCUUUGCGAUCUGCAUAUUUUUAUGGUUAUUCCGAAAACCUGGCUUCGUGCGAGGAUGGUCUGAAGCAUUAACAGACAUAAACGUCCGGGAUUCGACGCCUGUUAUAUUCAUAUCGAUCCUGAUGUUCUUCAUUCCAAAAGAUUUAAGCUUUCUUCGUAGCUACAACGAUGAUCCUGCUACAAGACCUAGCAAAUCUACAGAAGGUUUGAUCACAUGGGAUGUGAUCGAAAAAAAAAUGCCUUGGAGUUUAAUGUUUCUUUUGGGUGGUGGAUUCGCGAUAUCCAAAGGCAGUAUUGCUUCCAAUUUAGCAAGAAAGAUCGGAGAAGCCAUGGUUCCGUUACGAUACUUGCCCCCUGUAUUAGUCCUGUUUCUUGUUUCCUUGCUCAUUGGUACCAUUACGGAAUUCACUUCGAAUGUCGGUAUCGCAAAUAUUACUUUACCGGUUAUUGCACAAAUGUGUGUAGCAAUGGAGAUGCAUCCCUUGUACUUAAUGAUACCGGCGACAAUAAUGUGUUCCUAUUCCUUUCGAUUACCGGUUGGUACACCCCCGAAUGCAAUUAUAUCGAUUGUCGGACAAAUUCCAACUAAAUGGCUAAUGAUAGGAGGUUGUGGUCCUUCCAUUUAUGCUCUCAUAGUGAACAGUAUUUGUUUCAUCACGUGGGGUAACUUCGUUUAUGAUACCAGUGAAUUUCCAGCAUGGGCUAAACACGAACCAUCAGCUACCACAAAUCCUAAAUAAAAAUAUAAAUUUUAUUUCUCUUUUCCCUUUUUGUUUUGUUCUUUCGUUUCCCUCUGUUUAUAACAUAUAUCGCGUUUUACUUAUUUGCUUUUUAAAUAAAUAUAUACUGUCUAACUGUAUCUAUAAGUUGAAAUCCCACUCACACGCGAAUAU